AUGUCGUCUGAGAGCCGAGUGUCAGGACCGUACCGAUUGUUUUCGAUAAAUGGGAAUAAUAAAAAGGAGAAGAAGGCUUUGUGUAGUGUGAUUGAUGAGGAAAAUGUUGAGGAUUAUUAUGGGGACGAUGAUUAUUAUGAAGGUGAUGAUGAUGAUCGACAAGUUACGAGACAGUGUCGGGUUGUGAUGGUUAUCAUGGGAUUUGUGUUGGUUUUUAUGACUGUUUGUCUUGUCACUUGGGGGAUCAGUAGACCAUACAAACUUCAGGUUCAGAUGAAGGUUUUUAGUUGGAAAUUGAACAAUUUCUAUUACGGAGAAGGAUCGGAUUACACAGGAGUUCCAACCAAAUUAUUGACGAUAAAUUGUUCAGUUAAGAUGAACUUACAAAAUCCAGCUACGUUUUUUGGCAUCCAUGUUUCAUCUAGACCGCUAAAUCUUUUCUAUUCACAAAUCAGUGUUGGAAGUGGUCAGUUUAUGAACUUUUAUCAACCAAAGAAAAGCGAAAGGACAAUAUUAGUAAAUGUGGAAGGUCGAAAAGUUCCACUUUAUGGUGUCGGGGAUGGCUUUAUUAUGUCAAGCGACAUUGGUAGUGUUCCAUUGAGAUUAGAGUUUGAGGUUGCGGUGGUUGCAGGUGGCUUGGUGGCUGCAGGGUGA